UUCUUCAGAAAGGAUGCAGACUGACACGCAAACUAAGACCGAGGCCAGUAAAGACUCAGCCACUCAGCGGUCCAGAGAGUGCAGCCUGUCCUCCUCCCCUCUGUUCUCUCUAAAAAUGUACCUACAGAGAUCAUCCUCCACAGACUCGUCCAUCGGAGCCUCUCUGUCUUCAUCCCAGCAAACCAGCACAGUUGACUGUGCAGGAAUGGUCCUCAGCUGUCUCUUUUGCCGGUUCUACGAUUUGAUGUUCAUGCUGCCGGACUCCUGUGGGAGAUUCGCUAAUCACUGCUGCCCCAACCGCAAACAAGUCGCCCCGACAGCGGAGUCCACCCCCAGCACCGACGAGGACUUCUGGACUGAAAUGGACUGUGGUCUGUUCACCUCCUGUCAUGACGCCAACGACUGCCUAGAGCUGGCUAUGGAGGUUUCUGAAUUAUGCUACCACUAAUAGCGGGUCCAUGCUGUAGCAGUCAUCAAGGGAACAUUUAUGGGAAAACCAAAAAUGAGACUAUUCCGUGUGAUGUUGAAUUCUGGGAGAUGAACACAAAUAAAGGCAAAGAAAACAAAGCUGUACAAUGUGUAAUGUGUCAAAAUA